AUGAAGCAAGAUCCUCAUUUGGAUUGCAUGCUUCAAAUACUGCUUGCCCUGGCCACAGUAAUUUUGGCAGAGGCCGAUAAGAAAAGCGAAACGAAAACGAGCGAAAAGCCUUCCGAAACUCCGUCUGACAUUAGAGACAAAAGAAAUCUUGAGUAUUCUCUGACUCUGCCACACUCGCACGUGGCAUCGUAUCGUCAGAAAGAUGCAACACCCUCUCCACGACAAAAUUCUGCAAGACUCUUAAGAAGGUCAUGGUCGCCAAAUGUAACGCCGCCGUACGCGGUUAAAAUGGAACCAUUACCCCAUUAUUCACAACGUGAUCCUCUGUAUGAAUCGAGAUAUGCUGCUUUUGCUCCACCCAUGGACCAAUUUGGAGAAGGUGGUCACUACCCUCACUACUAUGAAGCUCCUGAGCCAAUCAUUGAAAUUAUAAUAAAAGAGUCGAAUGAGACGUUACCCGCUCUACCUCAACCCGUUGUUCAGCAAACGAAGAAACAACGAGAACCCGUACAGGUCUUUUAUGUAAAAUAUCAAAAAGAUGCUCAUAGCAAAGACGGAGUAAAGUACGAUACGCCAAUUCCGGCUUUAACGCCCCAUCCACCAGUUGAGCGAGAGCAUUACGAAGAAACCACGAGCGCCCCAGAGCAUAUACCAACUUUACCGCCACCACCUUCAACUACUUUGAGAACUAUCAUCCAUCCAGAUUCGGAAAGAUUCCACAGCAAUAGCGGCAUUCAUGUUAGUUUUGGUAAUGAGCAAAAACCAAAAAUUUUACAUGAAGAACACGAAGAAUCAGCUCCAGAACCGCGAGUCGUAUUUCCACAACCACAACCUAAAGUUUUGUUACCAGAACCUACGUCCGCACGAGUGAAAACUCCAUUUACAGCUUUUCAAAAAGCUCCAUUGCGACCCGUUCUUCCUCCGCCUCCGCCGCACUUUAUUAAACGCCAAGAACCAUUAACUUAUCAAACACAAAAUUAUCAACAACAAUUGCCAUUACCUCAACCACCACCAAGUUUCAGAACACCUCAUCAAUUCCAAGGACCCGCAUUGCCAAAUUUCUACAAUAAUUUCGGUCCAAAUCGCCCAGUGCCUCCAACCGGCGGCUUAAAUUUCAGGCCUACACCACCUGGAAGUUUCCAAAGAUUUACACCGCCUUCUCCUCUUCCGACACAUCAACAGCUUCCCCAUCAGAAUCAAAGGGUGCCUUUCAAUCGACCACGAUUCAAUCAGCCAUUACAACAACAACCUUAUCACACUAUAAGCCAACAAAGAUUAGAAUUUGAACAAAGGCAACAAGAACAAAGAUUGAAAGAGCAACGUGAACGAGAAGAAUUUAGGUUAGCUGAAAUAAGAAAAGAGCAACGGCAGCACGAACUAAGGCAGCAGGAAGCGUAUAGAACACAAGAAGCACGACAACAAGAACUGAGACAAAUUCAACUCAGAGAACAUGAGCAAAAAGAACGAGAAUUUAGAGAACAAGAAAGAAGACAGCAAGAGCAAAGGAUUAGAGAUUUGCAACGUGCACAUGAGUUGAAAGUCCAACAAGAUCAGCAACAAUAUGAACAGCGUCAAAGAGAACAAAGAUUACAAGAACAACGUCAACAUGAAUUUAGAGUACAAGAACAACAACGCCAACAACAAGAAUAUCGCCAGCAACAAGAAUUUACAAGUCAGCAACAGCAUUUGAAUCAAAGGCCUUUACCACCUACACCAUCUCUACCUUUCCCAGGACCUUCACAGCGACCAUCUAUUCCACAAGUGAGUAAUAGCCAACACCAAAAUCUGCAAGGGCUCGAACAGCAACAUCCACAUAUAAUUCCAGCAGGAGGAGAACUCGUACAAUCAAUUCCUAAAUUUGAACAGCACUUGUCUGUGCCAUCUGAUGUUCCAAACCCUCUACUUACACAUGGUUUUCCAUCAGUUCAGCCAUCUGAACCAACGCAGCAAUUGUCACAGCAAUCAUUUGUACAAUCGCAAAGUAUUUCACCUCAUAACAGUAAUAGAAAUAUUCCGUUGAGUCCAAAUCAAUUCAGACACCAAGUGCAACAACAAUUUGAUUACAACGCCAUCAAAAACUACAACUCGCAGUCCUCAGUAUUAGCACCGACACCACAAGCACAACCUGUCCAACCACUCCAGCAACAAUUUGUCACUCCUCAGAGACGACCACAACAAGAUGCUCCACUUUUUGUUACACCGCCAAGCAAAUUAUUUAAUCAAGACAGCUUAGAGCAAAAAGAUAACUCUUUGAGUAUAAAUAAUUUCCAACAUCAAUUGCAUAGACCUCAAUUGUCAUCAAACAGAGAUACCAUAAAUCCAGUGAUUCAAUUAGAACCGAGAAGGCCUGUAAAUUUAAAUCAAUUUGAUGAUCAAUCAUACGAGUCAUAUUUAAAGCAUAGUUCGUUAGGUUCCCAUCAACAAUCAACAGCGCCUAGCCCUGUAACAUCACGCACGACUAAAUUUAUAAGUUCAGUCAGCAGAUCAUAUUCUACUACAGAACGAGCAACUACUAGCGCAACAACAACAACGCAAAAAUCUGAACCUACAACAUCGAAAAAGCCUUUGAAUAUUGAAUUACCCGAUGAAGUACCAGAUGAGUUGCGUCAGCAAUUAUUAUCAUCUGGAAUCCUAGAUCAUGCUUCUAUUAGCGUCUUAGAUUACGAUAAAGUUGGAGAUAUACCAAUAGAAGCUUUGCCUCCAGAUCAAUUAGCAAACUUCUACGGAGCAGGUGGUGCUGCACAAAUUGCCAGUUCGAACCGAGUUCAAACCGUCGUCACCAAAGAAGGAAAGAAAAUUCAUGAUCAAGAUGAAAUGGAUGCCGAUACAGAAGCGGAAGCAUCGGAAAUUAUUAAAACUUACAGUGAUUUGAAAAAACUCCAUCCCAACAAAAAACAGAAAGUAGAAAUGAAAGUUGUGCACUUUGACCCCAACACAAAAGAGGGACAAUCACUCGCCGAUAGUUACAUACGAAAGGAUGCAACAUAUUUAGAUCCCGUAGAUAUAAACGAUUCAAAAUUCAAUAAAUAUUUGCCACUAAAAGUAAAUGGUGCCCAAUUUCCAAUUCCUGAUGCCCCAGAACUUAAAGGCAGAAUGAUAACAUCGGUCGUUGUAUUAGCACCUGUAGAUGCAGAUUAUUUACAGAAAUCAGAUAACGACGAUGAGGAAAGUGGUAGAUUUGAAAGAGCGAUUCAAGGUGAAGAAGAAAGUGCUAGGUACUUAGCAGGAGAAGCUCUUAAGCAAUUAGUUAAGAAACCCUCUCGCGAAAAUUUCAAGCGCUGGCUGGACAAGGAGAGCGGUACUCCACUGGAGAACCAAGCUGUUGUCUUACUAGUUACCGGAACCGAAGAAAGUCACGGUGCUAAAGACAAAGAAAUCUUCAUGUACGAUCUAGCCAGCAAGGCCGUCAGCAAACUGAACGGCGACAUAUCUAAAUCGUUUGUGGAAGUAGCUGAGAGCAACGCAAAAAAUCAAAGUAUAGAUUCACUACCAAAAUUCGAGGAAGUCGAUGAAGCAGUAGAUGAAGAUGAAGAAGACAGAGUAGCCGAAGGAAGUGAAUUGUUCGAACAAUUUGUGGACGUGUCGGGGAUGAGUAUAGACAGACAAGAGAACGUCGUCCUGAUCAGUUCCGGCUACAGUAGGACUUCUGGCUCGCACUGA